AGCGUAAUUUUCCGUCGGUUUUUUUUGGGUUUUUCUCGAUAUUUUCCCACUACCCCACACUGCUUUUCGAGACGCGUAUGCAACAACAACAAAAAAACAAAGAAAGGACAAAAAAACAUUGGCGAGAUUUUUGCUGCCUUAACCACAAUUUAUAAACACCGCCCCAACCCACGUCGAGAGUUUAUGCAAAUGCAGUUGUGUCGGUUGUCCACCCCGGAAAAACUUGUGUUCUUGAUUUGCAAAAGUGAUUUCUAAUUGUUUCGACUUCUUGUUUUAACUUGCCACAAAAAAAAGGACGCGAAAGAGUGAGCGCGAAAGAGAAAAGGGAGGGAGACAGAGCAUAGCGGAGUAUGUCAAUGUCAGUGGCCCAGUUUCCGCUGCAUUGCUAAAAGGAUUUCCCCUAACUCUUCGAUUUCUGGCCAUGGAUAUCACAAAAGUCUAGUUUAAUGACGUCACUGCUGGAGAUUAUCAUGCGAUCGAAAGCGCUUGCAAGGAAAUUCGAUCAGGGCUCCAGCGGCGAAGACUUCGAUCCAAGUGCGAGUGUUGCGCGCCACCAUCAUCACCACCAUCACCUGGAUCUGAGUGCCAGGAGUCAGGGCUUCAAUCCGCAGCCUGAGCAGAUUGAGGACUUAUUCGCCACCCGCCAUCGCUUGCCGCCGCAGGAUCCCGUGGACGGAUCUCCGACGAGGCGGAUUCAGGAUCCGGAGCUCCUCCAUCACCCCAAUCAUCUCCAGCAGCAACAGCAAAAGCAGCAGCAGCCACCGCCUCCCACGUUGCCACUGUCCGUGGAAUCCCAAUCCCCCGCCGCCGACGGCAUGGAGUCCUUCUUCAAGGACCGCGCCCAGGCGGAGCACAUCCUGCACGAGUGGGUGAGGAGACGCGAUUCCGUCUGUGAUCUGGACAUCCGUGAUAGCGGCGGCGUCUUUGCGAAGACGCCGCUCCAGAGGGGCACCCGCUACGGACCCUUCCCCAUGAAGCUUAGCCACCAGCCCGACGAUCAGCAGCUGGCAUGGAAGGCAUAUAAUGAAUAUUUUAAUGGAUGGCUGGAGCCCACAUCCGAUGUGUCCACGUGGUUGAAAAAGAUCCGAACUGUUCAGGACGAGGGCAUUGGCGAGGCUAAUUUAGAAAGUUACAUUAAUGGCGGUUAUCUGUGGUACGAAACGAAUCGUUAUGUGAAUGCUGGCAGUGAAAUGGUCGUCGACGGGCGGCCCAAGAGUCCUGUUCAUCUGAACGAGAAUUUCAUGAACGGCGGAGGAGUCCUGGCAGCCGCAGCCGCCGCAGCAGCCGCUGCCGCCGCAGUGGCCGCCGCCUCGACCUCGGGACCGAAAAGCGGGGGCGGGGGCAGCUCCCUGCCCAGCGAUGAUCGCAGCGAUCGUGAUAAUAGUUCUUUGUACAGUGGUGACGAAUUCUCCAAAGAUAAGAAAGGAGAUAUAGAUUACGCAGACGACCAAACCAAAUUCGAUAUUCGCUGCGAGGUCUGCGAUAAAGUCUAUCCGGAUUUAGAACUUUUGGACGAUCAUCUGGUGGGUGCUCAUCAUUACAAGCAGGACGAAUUCUCCUGCAAGAAAUGCCCAUUGCAGUUCUGCCAUCGACUUUUGCUCAUCAAACACGAAGGGAUCUCACACAAUAGUGAACGAAGAUUUUCCUGCGAGAAUUGCACCCUGGUAUACCGUGACCCCUCGUUAUUACAGCAACAUAUUCGCGCCAACCACGUCGGAGCUCGCUGUCAUCCGUGUCCGGAGUGCGGGAAAACGUUCGGAACCUCGUCUGGGUUGAAGCAGCACCAGCACAUCCACAGUUCCGUGAAGCCCUUCCCCUGCGAGGUGUGCCACAAGGCGUAUACGCAAUUCUCGAACCUGUGUCGGCACAAGCGGAUGCACGCCACCUGCCGGAAUCAGAUCAAGUGCGACAAGUGCAACCAGAGCUUCAGCACAACGACCUCCCUAACUAAGCACAAAAAGUUCUGCGACUCGACGGGUCCGGUGUUUCGGAACCAGCACAUCAAUCGCCACCACCCGCAUCAGCAUCCACAUCCGCAUCCGCAUCAGCAUCAGCUUGCUCAGGAAAUUCAGCAACAUCUGACGGCGACUGUUACAUCCACCUGUGCAACGCCAGCAAAGGAAUCUUCGGAAUCCUCGCCCUCAGCUGCUGUUGCCGCCGCCGCCGCCAUGUCCUCGCCACCGAAUCCCUUCAUGAUGUUUCGCCAUGCACCGCCGUUCUUUCCCGGAUUUCCGGCAUACGGAUUUCCCAACUUCCUACCACAAAAUGCGCUGCAUAAUCCGAACUUUCCCAUGUUCUUCUCAAAAACACCCAUGGACAUGGGCUGUGUCGCACCCGAGAUUACUUCUCCGAAUUCCGCCUUUGAUCAGAAAUUACCAUUUGGCUUUCUGAAAAAUAAUUCCCCUGCUCUGGAGCCUUUAAACAAAGAAACGGAUGAAGAGUUGGUCUACAAAUCAGCGAAGAAGCUUAAGAGGGAGCCAUUCCUGCAUGUUUCCGAAGGCGAAGACGACGAUAGCCGCAAUUCCUUUGGCAUUAAAUUAAAGCCGGAUGAGGUCAAAAAUGGGAUCAAGUCGGAGGAGCAGAAGGAGAUAAUGCGAGAUGCCGAAAGAGGAAGUAGUCCCGAUCAACAGCAGGUCGAAGAUGAUAGGAAAUCCAUCGACAUCGUGAGCACUCCACCACCAUCAGAUACACCGUCUGCAGCCGAUGCACCGCUGGACCUUUCCAUAUGUCGCAAGCGCUUAGGCUCAUCCAUCUCCUUUCUUCACGCUCCUUUACCGGAGAACGACCUGUUCGAUAACUUUCUACCCAGAGUGCUAGAGUUCGAGAACGAAGGGGGGCCGCCCGUGCCGAAAGUGCGCAAAUCGCACAGUUCGGCGGAUUCCUCGAACUCGCACAAGUCCACGCCCACCGCCUCGCCGGAGCUCACCCCCUCGCCGUCGCCGCCCACAAGUGCGGGCGGUGAGCUGAGCAGCGCGUCCGAGGGCGGAGCGGUAACAGAGACGUUUUCAGCAUCAGCAACAGCGGCUGUAGCAGCGGCAGCAGCAGCGGCAGCAGCAACGGCAGUGUCGCGACCAACGGGGGCCACUCUGGCCCACUUAAGCGAGUUACAGAGAAAGAGCCGCGUGCCCCCCACAAUACUGGAGGACUUCUAUUUAGCUCAGUUUCCUUUUUUAUGGCAAACGGGCGGAGGGCCCGCCACUAAGCGGCCGCCUCCGCCCGGGAAAAUCCCAACGGCCAAGGAUCGCUACUCCUGCACGUACUGCAGAAAGGUGUUCCCCAGAUCGGCCAACCUGACUAGGCAUCUGAGGACGCACACCGGCGAGCAGCCGUAUCCCUGCACUUUCUGCGAUCGGGCAUUUAGCAUAUCCUCGAACCUGCAGCGCCACGUAAGGAAUAUCCACAAAAAGGAGCGUCCCUUUCGCUGCGAUAUCUGCGAUAGAACGUUUGGCCAGCAGACGAAUCUCGAUAGACAUGUGAAGAAGCACGAGUUGGAGGGCAACAAUUUCAGGGAUUCGCCCAGUUCCGCUGGCAAUGCCGAGUACUUCGAUGAGAUACGCAACUUUAUGAACCGCGUCUGCACACCCAACAGUUUGGGUGGGAAGGAGAGCGAUACCGAGGAGUAUCCCAAUAGCGAAGAUCAGUCCUUGAACCUCGAAAAGGACACUGGCAGCAUCAACAACAACAACAGCAGCAACAUCACCAACAACAACAGCAGCAGCGGCAGCAACAACAACAACAACAAUCCCAAGGCCAUCACAAUAAGCUCUUAAUAACCGAGAAACAGAAUAACAGGCAAUUUCCUUGUUGUUAAAAGAAAAUCUUACUUUAAAUCUUACUUAAGCGUGCCUCCGAGAGGGAAACCUAUUUUUAAGUAGUUACCAUUUCCACACAACUUGUACUAAACCAACUCUAAACAUUAGCUAUGCAAUCAAUGGAAAAAGACGGUGAAGCAUCAAAACUUAAACUACAACAAAGAAAAAACAAAUAAAUACAAUUUAAAGGGAAAACUUUAUAAACUAUAUACUAUACUUAAACCCACUCUAAAACCACCUUAAAAGUGUAGCUAAUUUAAACAUCUGUACAUAGACAUAUGAAAGUCUUAACUUUGUGAGUCGAUUUCAACUACUUUGGAACUCUGUAGAUUAUAUACAUAUAUAUAUGAUAUUUUGAUUGUGUAUGUGUAUAGGCUUUAUAUAUAUACAUAAAUCUAUAUGUGUAAAUCGAUUUAUAACGUAUGCCGUAAGUCUAACAUAUUUAUAGAGCUAAUUAUUGCAAUUCUCAACACAAAAAUAAGAAAACAAAAUCAAUUUUAUAACAUUUACUUAACGUUUAAUUAUAUU